AUGGGGAGCCGGUGGGGGGAGCCAGGCGGCGGGGAGGGGCCGAGGGGGCGGGCGGAGAGCCACGGCCAGGCAGAGGAGCAUGUGCAGAGCGCGCUCCGCUCCGGGGGGAAAGAUGCCCGGGGGUCUCUUUUGGGAAGCCCCCCCAAGCAGAUCCCGAAGGGGCGCCCUUCCCUCCCGCCGGGGGGUCCCAGCAGCGAUCUCCUGCCUCCGAGUGGAGAAGACGACGACACGCGUCGUGAGAAGGGCGCCCCCGAGAUCGCGCGGCAGUUUCGGACCCGCAGCCGCAGCCCCGGGCAGGAAGGGGAGCCCGGGGGUCUGGCGCUCCUCUCCUCCAGCAGCGAAGCCCACGCGGCGCCCCCGGGACCCCGAAGGACGCUGCGAGGGGCGUUUCUUGGGGAGUCGGAAAGAGACAGUGGCGGCCUAGUGGUUAGAGCCUGUCGUGCCAGGACCUAGAGCGCCCUGGGGGGUGGAACUCGGGGUAUAGUUGCAAAAGGAGAGAGACAUACAAGAUGCCCGCUCAGACGUGCAUUCGUGACUAAUUCAUCUUUCAUUUUUAAAAUAGAAGAUUGUUAUAUAAUCUUCCUUCGCCCAGAUAUCUUUUUCAAAAAUUCUAUCAUUUGUCAAUUAAAACAGCAGAUAAUACAAGAAUAUUAUCUAGCUCGGAGUUAAAUUCAUUUUGGAACAAGAAGAGUAGAAUACUAGGAUCUUAGGACAGUAGAGUUGAAUGAGGGACACCCAAUGAGGAGAGUUUAAGUGCAAAAGCGUGAUUUACUAUUAUUAUUAUAUUAUUAAUAAUGAUCAAAUAAUGAUUAUGGAGUCUUCCGGUGGCUUAAUAUCAUUAUUAUUAAUAAUAAUAAUAAUCAUAGUAUAGUAUAAUAAUCAUAGUAAUUAUUAUUAUUAAUAAUAAUAAUAAUAAUAAUAAUAAUAAUAAUAAUAAUUACUAUGAUUAAUUGCGCCCAAUUGAGGCGCCCGAAGACUCUUUCAGGUGGGCGACCCCCGUCUGAGGGAACCUCCGCCCGCGGUAUGUGUGUGGCGUCACAGGAAGCUCCCGCCAAUCAGGGCCGGGUGGGCGUGGCUUCGUUGCCAGGCCAGGAAGGCGGCGGCGGCGAUCAAUGGAGGCGCCUGACCAAUAGGAAAGCGGGGAGGAGAGAGCCCCGCCCACCAGGCGGCCGGAGUAGGAAGCAGUUGGACCAAUCGGGAGAGGGGAAGGCGGGUCCGGAGGGCGGACGGACAGGAGGAGGAGGAGGAGGCAGCAGCUGGUGAGAGAGGGGCGGCUGCGGGGGGGGGUGGAGAGAGGGAGGGAGACACGUGGAGGGACCCCCCCCAAAACAAAUGGGGGGCGGGCUUGGUCAGUGCCCCCUCUGCCCCUCCGCAGCAGCCAGCCAGGGGCUGGGAAUGCUCUUGUCUGGCCUGCCCUCGGGGCAGAGACCUAGGCAGCCCCUGGGGGGGCGCGCGGGGGGGGAAUCGGGGGGUCCCGGAGCUGAGAGGGGGUUUGCAGCACCACCACCUUCUCUCUCUCUCCUGGCCUCCUAAGAGCCCGGCUGGAUCAGGCCCGUCCAGUCCAGCAACCUGUCCUCACAGUGGCCAACCAGAUGGGGAACCCGCAAACAGGAUCCGAGCACAAGAGCAACUCUCCCCUCCCGCAGUUUCCAGCAACUGGAGUUCAGAAGCAUUGCUCCUGGUCCUGAAUGGGGUAACUGUGCCCCUGAAGGACCAGGUGCGCAGCCUGGGAGUCAUUCUGGACUCACUGCGGUCCAUGGUGGCGCAGGUGAAAUCCGUGUCCAGGGCAGCUGUCUGCCAGCUCCAUCUGGUACGCAGGAUGAGACCCUCCCUGCCCACAGACUGUCUCUCCAGAGUGGUGCAUGCUCUGGUUAUCGCCCGCUUGGACUACUGCAAUGCGCUCUACGUGGGGCUACCUUUGAAGGUGACCCGGAAACUACAACUAAUCCAGAACGUGGCAGCUAGACUAGUGACUGGGAGCGGCCGCAGAGACCACAUAACACUGGUCCUGAAAGACCUCCAUUGGCUCCCAGGACGUUUCCGAGCACAAUUCAAAGUGUUGGUGCUGACCUUGAAAGCCCUAAACGGCCUCAAAGGCCCAGUAGACGUGAAGGAGCGUCUCCACCCCCAUCGUUCUGCCCGGACACAGAGGUCCAGCUCCGAGGGCCUUCUGGUGGUUCCCUCCCUGCGAGAAGUGAGGUUACAGGGAACCAGGCAGAGGGCCUUCUCGGUGGUGGCGCCCGCCCUGUGGAAUGCCCUCCCAGCAGAUGUCAAGGCAAUAUGCAGCUAUCCUAUCUUUAAAAGACACCUGAAGGCAGCCCUGUUUAGGGAAGGUUUUAAUAUUUAAUGUUGUACUGUUUUUAACACUUGAUUGGGAGCUGCCCAGAGUGGCCGGGGAAACUCAGCCAGAUGGGCGGGCUAUAAAUAAUAAAUUUGAUGAUGAUGAUGAUGAAGGCAGCCCUAUUUAGGGAAAUUUUUAAUGCUUAAUGCUGUAUUUUGUUUUUAAUAGUUGAUUGGGAGCUAAUAAUAAUAAUAAUAAUAAUAUUUGCAGACCCUUCAGAGCCCCCCACCCCUCCGGGGCGGGGCUGCUUCAGCUGCUCCUGGGUUGGGGCAUCCCUCUGUGGGGAGGGGGACGCAGGAGCCGAGAGAAGAAGUGGGCGGAGGGGGGUAUUGGGGAAUUAAGAAGCAGGGUGAUUGGAGCAAGGGAGAAUAAGGGACCCCCACACCACCAUCCAGGGUGGGUGGGUUCUCAUGCCACCUGGCGAUGCUCCCCCCAUUCGAGGUGCAUCUGGAUGCCCACUCUGAGGACGGCAGACUGGGCAGGAACCCCCCCCCUUUCGAUGCCCCCCUUUUGCCUUCCUGACUCUUACAUCCUAGGACUCUUCCCCCAGCGCUGGGGGUCACCCUGGGCCUAGAACCUUUGCUCCUCUGUGCAUACGCAGAGUGCAUUUCCCAGCCUGCUGACCCUGGGCAAUGACGGCCUCUCCCAUAAGGGGGAGAGGACUUCAGGCUCAGAGGACAGCUGAGGAAACCUCUGGGGAUGGAUCGAUGCCCACAGACACCUCCCUCUACCCCUUGCCCAGGAACACCUGCUGGCGGAGAGCAAGCGACGACCCUGCGCCCAGGAAGCAACCAGCCUGGCCCGGCAAGGAGAGGGCAGCAGCGGGCGAUCGUUCGUCAUGGGGCACCCCUUUCUCCACGAGGCCUGGGUGAGUCUCUUGUGGGUGAGGGAGGGAGCAGAACGGGGUCCAAGACGCUAGUCCCUGCUGUGGCAGGACUGCCCCAUGCCCACCUGAAGCUGCCCCACACAUAUCAAGGCCCAGGGUCCCUCUAGCUGCUGACCGGGAGUCUAUAGUUCGCCACCCCCAUUGAGACGUGCAGCCUGUGCAACAAUCUGCUAUAUACAAAGGCACUUGUAUUAAAUAAGAAAUGUGAAACGCCAUUGACUGGGUAUCCUUGCGGUUUCGGUGGCAGAGAUUGGGGGGGCUUGAGGUUACCUGAAAGAGGGUCCCGCUUCAAAAGCAGGUCAAAGGUUAUCUGUGGGAAGGGGCUGCAGGUCUGCAAGGCAGAAGGUACUGGAUUUGACCACCAGGCAGGGCUUACAUGAAACCCUGAAGGCUAGCCAGAGGGCAGACCAGCAGUGGGGACACGUCUGGCCCCCCAGAUGUUGCAAGACUCCAGUUCUCACCAUGCCUGGCUGCUGACCGUAGGGGUGGCAGAUGGGAGCCCAUGGGGGUGGGAAGCGAAUCUGUAUUUAUUUACUGCAUUUCAUGUCUCGCUUUUUUCUCCAAAAAAGAGAAGCCUGUGGUUCUCUUUUCCUCCUCUUUAAUCCCCACAACUCCCCUGUGAGGUAGUUGAGGCAGUGAUAGGGGAAGUGGGAGGAUUCGAACCCUGCUCCCUCCCAGCUCAGAGUCCAACACUUGAACUUAUUACAACGCAAUGGCAUCUUGAAAGGAAAGGGGCAGACUUUCCUCUUAAAGGAGCCACACAGAGGUUGAACGGCAGGCUGAGUUAAGUGUGUGUGGGGGGAGCCCUUGGCAAGGGCGCACGGCAGCCCCCCCUCGCUGCUCCCACCCACCAAGGGGGCAUGUGUGGAUCCCCCAAAUGAAAGUGGGGUUCAGGCAGCCUGCGGAGCAAAACCCCACUCACCUGGCUCAGGUUAAAGUCACUCAAAAGUUCCCCAUCAUCCCAGAGAGGUCAAACCCCAUCCACCGAAGCAGCAUUUGCAUUCACAGAGCUGGGAGGGCCCCCCAGGGGUCAUCCAGUCCAACCCCGCUCCUGGCAACGCAGGAACCAGCAGCCACAAGCAUGGCUCUUCCUUUCCCCUCUGUUCUAUUUGGAGACUACCCUUCUCCCUGCUGCAAACUGAGACACAGACCUUUCUGCUUCUUUCCGCUGGUUUCCUUGCUUCCCUCCUCCCUUCCAGGCCGCGCUGAGCCCAUCCCUCCCCGGAUCUUCGUCCUCUACCUGGCGCUGGCUGGCACCUGCUUGGUUCUCCUGAUUCUGCCCCUGGAGGGUCAGCCCAGCCCGUUGGUGCCCCCUGCCCUCCACGUCACCCUCCCGCAGAAGCUGGUGGCUGCUUAUGUCCUUGGUGAGAGCUUCUCUGGGGAAUGGGAUGGGGGGGCGUCUCUCGCACUCAAAUCCGGAUUGCACUGGUUGGCCACUGUGAGGACAGGAUCCUGGACUAGAUGGGCCCCUUUUGGCCUGAUCCAGCAGCCAGGUUGCUUCUUUUAUUCCUUAUAUAAUGUAUUCAAUUAUGGCAUUCAAAUAGUUCUACAAUAAAAUGCAAUAUACAGGAAGCGAUUAAAAUGCAAAAUCAAAAACCGUACAGCAUCUAGCACGCAGCGCGGUACCAGGACUGCCACAGGGGGCGAAAUCUGCUCAGCAAUUCUCCAGUGGUCCUCAGGGUAGAAUAAUAGAAUCGUAGAGUUGGAAAGGACUCCAAGAGGAUAUCCAGUCCAACCCCCGGCAAUGCAGGAACCUCAGCUGACACAUCCAACCUCUGCUUAAAAACCUCCAAAGGAGGAGAGUUCACAACUCCCAAGGAAGGCUAUUGAAUGGCUCUUACUGUUGGGGAACGGGGACGUUUGCAAUUUACCGAGUUAGGCCAAGUUUCUCCAUCCUUCCCAAUGGCUGGUGUGAGCGGUGGUGGAGGGAUAUUCCCAUCAUGCUUUGCUCAAGAGCAUCCACUAGAGCAGAGACGAUCCAUCUCCCAAGAGCACUGUUUAGGAAAGCUUUUAAUGUUUGAUACAUUACUGUACUUUAAUAUUGUGUUGGAAGCUGCCCAGAGUGGCUGGGGUAUAAAUAAUAAAUUAUUAUUAUUAUUAUUAUUAUUAUUACUAGCCACCACAUGAUGUUUUGGAUCUCAGCCCUCUGGGGGCUGAUGGGAUUUGUGCUCCUCCCUGGGAUCAAGGCGGAAAUUCCUGAUCACCACCUCUCUUCCUCUUCUUCCAGGCCUCUUAACCAUGGCAUUCCUGCGAUCCUGA